AUCUCAUGUGGGUGUUAUUUAUUCUGUUAUCAUGAUUCGAGUUUUCCCGUCUAGUGGUUAGAUAAUAAUAAUAAUAAUAAUAAUACAACCAACGUUAUUUUAAUUCUCAUCAUCACUUAUUCAUCACCAUCAUCAACGUCAUCAGCAUUUCAUCAACCUAAUGAGACAUCUUCAAAUGCCACCAUCAGUAGUCGAAUCAUCUUUUCUCAGAUAUUGAUGUUUGUCUGUGUGUAGGUGAUUCAAGUCAACCACCACCCUCUCUCUCUGUAUACCAACUGCCAAUCAACAUUAUCACUAAAGGAUAAUCACUUAUUCGCAUUUGACUACUUCAUGAAUAUGUAUAUAUCGAAUGAAAAGGAUGGAAGGAAGCUGAUAAAAUAUUGAAAAUAUUGCAAAAUAUAUAUUUAUGUAUAAAAAACAGUAACAGUAAUUAAUCUCAGUCUUGUUAUCAUCUUUCAAUGUGAUAAAUUCUUCUGUUUAUCGUUUAUUUCUUGAAUGAAUAGUGUACACAGUUGACAAACAAGCAACAACCACAUCAAUUGAUUCACUAGACUUCCAAGUGUAUUCAAAGUAUUUCAAAGAAGAUAAAUUAUGCGAUUUGAUUGGUGGAUGAUUUCUACAGAUUUCAGUGUUUCACUCUUACUCAUACUACUACUUCUGUUAUUGCAUUUCACAAGUAGUCAUCAAAUGCCAACAAUUAUUUAUAAUCUUGCCGAUGAAACACCAGCUGGUUCAUUGAUCGGUAAUGUGGCAGAAAACUUAUCUCCAGACUAUGCAUUGAAGUAUACAUUUCUUUUAAUUUCUUCAACAAAAUUUCAAUAUUUAAGUGACUUCUUUCGAAUAUCUCCUAACGGGGAUUUGAUCACCCUGCGUCAUAUUGAUCGUGAUAAUACAAAUGAAGUAUGCGGUCCAUUGGAUUGUUGUUCUUUGCCGAUAUGUCAGACUGAAGCGAAUGUAAUUCUUACUAAGCAGCAAUGGGGAAAACGUGAAAAGUUUGAUGCUUCUAAGACAAAGGAAUCUACAAAAGGUGAUGGAACUGAUGAAGAGGCGUUAGAACAACACAGAGCCGGUAACUUGAAUGAGUCUAGCGAACAACGCAUGAUAAGACUGUUCAUCAGAAUUAAUGACGCGAAUGAUAACCCCCCGACUUUCAUAUCAACUAAUGUGAUUAACCAGGAUACAGGGAAUUCAGUGAAUCAACUCACCAACAGGCCAUUCAUUAUUUACAUCAGAGAAGGUGAUACAAGUGGAUUUGAAAGUCUUCCAGUGGCUUCAGAUGCAGACUCGGACGUGAAUGGUAUUGUUAUGUAUAAACUUGUAGAGCAGACAAGUGAAGGUGUUCCAGUUCAAACACCACGGCUGAAUAUUAGUAUGACAUACUCUGAUUUUACACAGAAAUCGAACGGUAAUUCUGUUAGUUCACGUCAUUUAAAUCCAAAACUGACCCUAUUAAGACCAUUAGAUUAUGAGAACGUAGAUGACAGAGAAAUUUAUGCGACAUUCUAUGCCAUAGACGGUGGUGAUCCUCCUUUAACUGGAUCUUUGUCCAUAAUAGUCCGUCUAUUGGAUAUCAAUGAUAAUUCACCGACAUUUCCAGAAUACACUGAAGCAGAACGUCUAAUUAGUCUGCCGGAGAAUACCACCUUAAAUUAUAAACCAUUUAUCAUUGUCAAUGCAAGUGAUGCUGAUUCUGGCGAUAAUGGACGCAUCGUCUACUCCUUUAGUCCACUGGCCAGUAAUUUGGUCACAUCCAAGUUUAAUAUUGAUUCAAGAAGUGCAGCAAUUACAAUCAGGGAACCAUUAGAUUAUGAAAUCUAUUCAGAACGACAAUUUGUCCUACCGAUUGUCGCCAAAGACUUAGGCAGUCCACAACACUCCAGCACAACAACAAUCUUUGUACAAAUCAGAGAUAUUAAUGAUAAUGUGCCAACACUUGUAGUACAAGAGAAUAUUACAAUACCUGAAGGACAAGUAUUCACAAAACCUGUACUACGUUUCUAUGUAAGAGAUGAAGAUGAAGUAUCUCAUGGAAAUGUCAUUUGUAAGCCAGUUCCCUUGGAGGCGAACCACCUCGCUGACAAAGAGCUUGUAGCCGGUCAAGAUUUCCUGAGACUACAUCCAGUCUCUGAUACGGUGUUCUUUGUUUUCACUAAAGGUGUAUUCGACUAUGAGAGAACGCCUCGAGCAGCCUUACUGAUUGAAUGUUUAGAUUCAGCUGAUGAUGUGGUGAAAGGCAGAAAUGAACAACAACACCGUCAACUGAACAUCAUCCCCCACGAACAACGCCAACGCCAACAACAACAACAACAUGAACAGCUGCCACCUAAAUCCCAUUUGAUUCGUAUCACUGUGGCAAUAUCUGAUCAAAAUGACAACAUGCCAAUAUUUACACAAACAAAAUAUUAUGUAAAGAUACCGGAACACUUUCAUGAGAACUCAUUAGUCACAGAAGUGAAAGCUGAUGAUUUAGACAGUGGUGAAUACGGUGAACUGAUCUAUCAACUCGGUGAUGUGUCAACAAAGCCAAACAGUCUGAAAGAUGCCUCGAAUAUUAAGAAUAUAAUGAAUACACUACAUGAUAAACAACCCUUUCAGAUUGACCAGUCUACAGGAGUUAUUAAAGUAUUACACAACGAUCUAUUAGAUCGUGAACAAACUGAAUUUUUAUACCUACCAAUUAUAGCCAAGGAUAAGGGUGGUCUAACAGCAACUGCACAGUUAAUUGUCGAGUUAAUCGAUAUCAAUGAUAAUCCGCCUAAACUGGUUAGUUCCACCGAUAUAAAAGUUGAAGAAAACCAAAAAAUCAAUACUAUUAUUGAUUCGAUCCAUAUAAUUGAUUUAGAUAAGGGCAAACAUUCACGUAUCCAUUUAAUGCUAACACAUGAUGGAGAUGAUGAUAAUGGGGACGAUGUUGAUGGGAAUAAGCUGAUCAAUAAAGAAAUAACAAAAUAUGUUAAAAUGAUACCAGAUUCACGGUUCAAUUAUUCUAUGUCAACAUUGAAUGAAUUAAUCAGUGAUGGUGAUAUCAAAGCUCUGUUGAUUAGUCGAAUGCCUUUCGAUCGAGAGACAACAGCCAGUGUCUUUUAUGAAAUUGUCUGUUAUGAUGAAGGUCAACCAAUAAGGUAUAGUGUAACGCAUACAAUCACUAUACACGUGACGGAUCAAAACGACAAUACACCGGUGUGUACAUAUCCUAUUUAUAAUAGUCUGCUUGGAUACCAUCAUCAGCCCAAUCAGCCUCAUCCUAAUCAACAGCCAGUGAUCCAUAUCAACACACCUUUGCAUACUUUAGUCACACAGAUUCGAGGCUAUGAUCCUGAUCAAGGCUUGAAUGGGACUAUCACUUAUCAUCUGGAUAAAUCUACGAAUGGUAGUCAAUAUUUCUAUGUGAAUCAGACAACAGGUGAACUGUUCACCAAUUGGUCACCAAAUUUCAGUUUCCGCCAGACCAAGACUAAAACCAGCCCUAAGCGUAUUGAUGAACCUGUUGUAGGUGUUUAUCAAAUCCGUGUAUUACUUCGAGAUAUGGGCACACCGAGUUUAUCGAAAGAGACACAAUUCUAUGUGAAAAUCAAUCCAUUCAAUCCUAGUUUGAGUAAAUGGAGUACAGUUGAGGCACUGGACGCCGCUCAUCAAACAAUCGGAUCAGUGCCUAUGAAUUCAAAACUGCAAAAAAUAUGGUUCAAUAAUCGUUUCAUAUUGAUUUUAUUGAUUAUAUUUAUAAUAAUUCUUAUGAUUACAAUCUUUGGUAUAGUAUUCUGGGCUAGAUCACAUCGUAAACAGAAAUUGUGUCGAUCAGUGAAAACAAUCAUAUCAGAUAGGAAUGUGUGCAGUCCAGUGAUCAUGCCAACAGAGAGAGCACCAGCAUCAGUAACACUUAGGAAUGGAGCGCAGAGGCAUAAUGAGACGUUGCCUAUUUUAACCUACGAUGGAGUAGCGGAUAAAUCACCGAUUAUCAGCCAUCAACCUUCACAUUUACUCAGCGCAUACACUGAAAGUGAACAAAAGUUUGAUGGUAAUGACAAUAAUAAUAUUAGUAGUAAUAAUAUUACAAAAACUUUGGUGAAUACAUCCAACAUUGAAACAUUGAAUCAGUUCAGUUCACUAUGGCCGGAUACAAGUAGUGUAAACCAGUAUACAGAGAGAAAUGUUGGACGCAUCGACCGACACAGUACAUACUCACAUUUUUCGCUGAGUAGUGAUCAUAACAAUAAUAAUAAUAAUAACAGCAGUAAUGGUGGUAACAAGAAUAACUACAACAUACAUCAACAGACGGGUACUUUGAAUCACCUUCACACUAAUCCAGUAUUCUCAUUCCCUCUAGCAUAUAACACCUAUCAUAGUAGUACUAUGAAUGAUGGUGGUGGUCAUCGACUGUCUGUAGGUCAAAAGUUCAUCAAUUCAUCAACUUAUUCAUCAACAAAUCCUUAUUACUCAGCAUCAAAUAACACUGGACAUAACACGCUGAAUAGCAUUGGAUAUAAUAGUGAUAUUGUAGGGUAUAAUAAUAAUACUGGUAAUACUAUGAGAGAGAGAAAUACUGUGGGUUAUUUAAACUCUCCACAACAGAAGCAGCAGGUUCAUCAGUCAGGGGCUAAUUCUGAACACUAUUAUCCACACCUGCCAAUAAUACCUGACCGUGAUUUUCAUGAUCAAAAUCAAAAUCAAAAUGAAACUGUGAAAUUUUGGUGAGCUAUGACUGUGCCCGUUGCUGUGAUCCACUUGAAUCAUCAAUCAUACAAAAAACAAACACACACACAGUUCUCUCUUUCUAAAAUAAAAAUUAUCACUUUAUUCCACUUCCACUUUGAACUUGAAUUCAAGUCACUGUCUACCUCCGCCUCCUCCUUCACGACCACCACAACGACCACCGCCAGCAAUCUUGAAGGUUGUUCAACACACACACAUGUACAUCCCUUCUCUAUUUCUGAUCGCAGACUUCAAUGUUUCAUCUUUUAUUCUUUUGUGUGUGUGUGUAUACCGAUUUCUAAAAAUACAUAUGGAUGCUUCUCAGCUUUCUUCAGAAAGAAUAUUUUUCUCCCGCCUUCCCUUAAAUGACACACGCCUACUUGAUAUGCCCACUUGAUGUACAAUGAAAUACAGUUAAGAACCUGACUCUGGUGCUUAAAAUGUGUCUAUAUAAUUGUGCAUGUGUUUGCUUCUGUUUGUUUUCUUUUGUGCUGUACUGUACUGUGCUAUGCUGUGCUGUGCUGUCGCGUUUGUUUUCGCCUUCUACCUGAUCUCCUGUAAAGCAAAGAAAACAGUUUUCAAUUAAUGGUGAUGUAUAUUUUGCAGUGUGAAUAUCUAUGUACUGCAAAGAUGUUGCCCCAUGAAAAUGGCUAAUAUCCACACACACAUACACACACACACAGAGGUGCAGAUACACUGUGGUCUGGUAUUCAUGAUUUUGAUGUUUUGCAUUUCCG